AUGUCGGCGGAGGUUAAGUUCGAUGCUUCUGGUUUGGGGCAGGAGUGGGACGUUGUGGAGGUUCUACGUGAGCGGAUGCGGGGCGGACAAUGUUUGCUCCUGGGGUCCCUGCAUGAGUUUACGGUGCAGCGAGCCUGCAAGAACAUCGAUGUCCUGGCCCCUGUUCUGGUAAGGUGUGCUGCUGCAAACCUUAAGACUCCGGAAGUGGAGUGCCUGAGAACGGAAAUUCAGAGCUUCUAUCAGAUGCAUCAGCGUGCAGAGUCGGAGGAAACGAUAGACGACUUAGCAUGGGAAGUGCGGAAGCUGUUGUCUUUCGUGAAAAGGAAGACUCAACGAAAGGAAGUGUCAACAGCUCCCGGCUUCAACUUAAUUGAAGACUUCCAAGAGAUGUGCCUGAUUCUGAAUCCCCACCUUCAGGACGUCGUCGAUGCCAUCCGAAGACGCUUCGAGGAUCCGCCUCAGGAGGACGAGGACGAGGAUGACGAUCCUGCUCCCGUGGCAGACAGAUUGGACGAGCUGACGCCUGAGCAGAAGUGCCUCAAGCUGGAAACGCAAAAGCUUCGUGCGGAGAAGAAGAAGGCCAGCAUCGCUCGCGAGAAGGAGACCUUCGUCGAGCACAGGCCCGUGCCGGAGAGGAUCAGCUUCGGGGGAGAUUCGGACGACACCGUGCCUACCAACAUCCUCGAUUGCCCUACCCCUGCCCACGUUGGAUCUACCGAAAGUCUUGCAAGCUUCGUGGACCCCGCCGCUAGCCCUACUGCUGCUGCUGAUCUUCGUGAGAAGUACCAGCACCCAGAACGUGGUGCCGGCCCUUCGACUUUGCCCCUCAUGGGCACUGUUCCCGAGCCACCCAUCCCAUCGGCUGAUGAGCCUGCAGAAGCACCAGCUCCUUCGGAGCCUUCGCCGGCUGAGGAUAUCCUUCUUCGUCGUGACCAACUUGGCCUUCGCUCGGAGAAGAAGAAUGUGAACCGAGAGGCAAAGGCCAACGGAAAGAAGCGGCUUUUGAGGGCCAAGUCCGGGCUGAAGCAGAAGACUAAACAGCCUCGUGGUGCGAGCAUCAAAGUGUGGCCGGCCAAUCGUCGGGAUGAGUGGGAUGAAGGAAUGACGGGCCGCUGGUACACGGACGAGUGGGGAAACGAAUGGUGGGAUGAGGAGGGAGAGCCCAGCUACUACUGGGACGACAGUGGUUGCUAUGAGUAUGCGGGGGAGUGGGCCGCGAAUGACGACGGCCUCGCUGAGCCUGCGCUGAGCCGCAGGAAGCGAGGGAAGCAGGCUGAGACUGAGAGGGCCUCCUCAAGCAAAGGCCCCGAAAAGCCGAAGCCGAAGGCCAAAGUUGCGGCCAAAGCAAAAUCCAAGGCCAAGGCCAAAGCUAAGGGAAAGCCUUCGGCAAAGGCCCCGGCUGCGGAUCGUGACGAGGAGCGUGCAGAAGAUGAUGGUGAAAAGCCGACUCGCAAGAAGUCGAAGGUGGCCAAGAAUGCAGCUGGCGCCACAGUCGCCACAGCAGAGUCAGCAGAGAAGAAGCCGCAGGUCCGAAAGGACCAUGCGGAUGUUGAGCCCCUGCGGGAAUGGGUCAGCCGAAUCGAUCUUGAUGCGGAGGCCUCGACUUUCAAGACCCAGGUGAGAGCCUUCCUGCCCACUUUGAAAGGCGGCACCCGUCUGAAUAUCUACUGGACCAGGUUCUCCUGUGGUGUCACGUUGUACUACAAGGAGGCCGACGGCAGCAGUGCUAAGACGGAUGUGGGUUUCUUCAAGUUCUCGAAGUGCAACGCGGGGCUCUGCUAUGCAGUGGCCUGUGCUCGAUUCAUGGCAGCUGAGCAGCUGGAUGAUUUGGCCAUCACUGACCCCGAGGAUGAGCUGAUCCUGGAAAUCAAGGAUAAGUGGAAGUGCGCAGGUGCUUCCGCAUGGGCUGAGUUUAACGAUGAUGCCUAG